UGGCUCCGAACGGAGAGCUUCUUCUUCAUCUCCGAGUUUUCGGGGGAUUCCUUUCUCGUCCCAUAUAAAAGACCGGUAGUAGUCCUGCCGACCUUUCGAGAGACUGGAAGACUCUUUCGUAUGCUAAAAGUAGUGGCAGAGAGAGACAGAGAGAGAGUCUGUGCCCGCCCUCGCCCCUUUUUUCUCUUCUCUCUUGUCCACUUAGCCUACCACCCCUCUCACGCUAUCCCGCGAAAUCGGCAGGGAUCCGAAAACUCAAGGCCGGAACUCGGAGACGCUGAGCGACACCGUAACUUUUCAUCUGGCUCCGGGAUGGCCCCUCCGUUUCGCGCCGAGCACCUGGGCUCGCUCCUGAGACCCGACGAUCUGCUGAAAGUGCGUGCGAGCAUUCGGGACAGAGGCAUCUCGGCAGAGGAAGCCGGCCUCCCGGCCGCAGAGAAGAAAGCCAUCGGGGAGGUGGUCAAGCUGCAGCAAGACCUCGGCUUCAAGGCCGUCAACUCGGGCGAGUACAACCGCACGCGCUUCUGGGGUCUUCUAUGGGACGAGAUCGACGGCACCAUCCGCCUGCAAGAUGCCGAUGCUAGCAUGUUUCGUCUGUACCACCCGGAUGUCGUAAGUCUAAUCGAGAAGGGUCGAAAGGUGAUGCCUGGAGAGUCGGUCAUCGCCGGCAGCAAGCUAUCCCACAACGCCAGCAGGUCCGUUUCCAAUCUGAGCGAGCUCCGGUCGGUGCAGGCAUUUGUACCCGAGAGUGAAUGGGGCAACAUCAAGCUCACAAUAAUCGCACCGUCCUGGUUCCACAUGAGGUAUAAGCAGGGUCGUGCCUACACCAAAGAGGCCUACGCCAACGACGCCGAGUACUUCAAGGAUGUGGCCAGGGUGUACCAGGCUGAGCUGGACUUGCUAUACAAGGCAGGCCUCCGCAACGCCCAGUUCGACGAUCCGGGCAUGGCAGAUUUCUGCUCUCAGGACUUCCGGAAGGGGUGGGAGGAGGACAAGGACAACAUCGGGACAUGGGAGGACCUCCUAGACGCUUACAUCGAGCUGUACAACGAUUCUCUCAGUAAACUGCCGCCCGACUUCCACACAGGCAUCCAUCUAUGCAGAGGGAACUUCAUCGGCGGGAGGCACUUUUCAGAAGGGGCAUACGACGUCAUCGCCAAAAAGCUCUUUGAGAACCUCAAGGUCAACACCUUCUACCUCGAGUACGACACGGAGCGCGCGGGCGGCUUCGAGCCGCUGCGGUCCCUGCCCAAAGACAAGAACGUCGUCAUCGGCAUCAUCAGCACCAAGGUGCGGCAGCUCGAGGACAAGGCGGCCAUGAAAGAGCGCGUCUACAAAGCAGCCGAGUUCGUGGCCGAGGGCAGCGGCGAGACGCGCGAGGAGGCCCUCAAGAGGAUCUACGUCAGCCCGCAGUGCGGCUUCAGCACCCACGAGAGCGGGUACCCGCUGACGGUGGAGGAUGAGAAACAGAAGCUGUCGCUGGUGAGGCAGAUUGCCGACGAGAUCUGGGGCGAGCCCUAGAAACUGUAUUAUCAGUUUUGCGAGAUCGGGUGCUGGUUGCAGAUCGCAAAGGAACGGAGCAUGAGGCGCACUCUUGGUUACUUCAACAGUCCCCAACAAAACGAAAACGGGUUGCGGUGGGCGAUUCCAGACUUAGGGGGGAGCGCAUUUUUAAGGGGGUUAUACCCAUAGAGAAUCAACUUCCAGGGGACUACGGACAAAGGGCAAGCCUUGCAGGAUUAAAAGGUUUCGCUGUGUAAAUGGCGAUGACGAGUACUGUAGUAUUUUACGACAUCUAGCAUAUUCUAAAACGAUA